UGUGCCUCCCGUCGACGUGUCUCCCCGGCGACGGCUCUCUCGCGACGGCGGCGGCGAGUGCCGUCGGUGCCGAGGCGCGACGUCGCGCGCGAGAGUCGCCCCGAUAACCGUGAGGAUGGAGCAGCUCGCCCAGUUCGUCUCCAAGAGCUUCGACAACGCGGCGGCGGCGGUGGCGGCUGCGACGAGCGUCGGGUUGCCGCCGGCUGCAGCGGCCGCCGGCGGCAGGAUCACGCUCAGUGUCGCGCAUCUCAUCGGUGAUCACGUCGCGGACGAUGGUGACCGGCGUAUGUAUGAAGCGGUGCAAAAGACCACGGCUAGCGUGAUCGAAACGAGCGGAAGCGUUGAAGAGCCGCCGUCGCCGGAAGGUCGCCUACAACCGGAGGAUCUUUCCGUCACGGCCAAGAUCAAGGACAUCCGGGACACCGCGGAGAACCUGCCACCCCUGAAGACGCCCGAGUUGAAGCUGUCGGUUCGCAAACUGCUCGGAUGCACCCCCUCGCCGCCGCCCAUAUCGAGGGAUCGAUCACUCAGUCCUGAAAAUUGCAUUGAAUUAAAAAGUCAAAGCUCGAGUGACGGCAAAACUCUUGUAUCCUCCAACGAUCAGGCCAAGCUAUCUUCGCAGAUUACAAGGUCGAGCGGACAGGAGGACUCCGUUAAGGGAUCCAACUGUCGGAGCAACGGAAGUGGCAACGGUAAGCAGAGGAGAUCGCGAACGAACUUCACCAUUGAGCAACUGGCCGAGCUCGAAAGGCUCUUCGACGAGACUCAUUAUCCCGACGCGUUUAUGAGGGAGGAGUUGAGCCAGCGGCUCGGUCUCAGCGAGGCGCGGGUACAAGUCUGGUUUCAGAAUCGACGCGCCAAGUGUCGUAAACACGAAAGCCAGUUGCACAAAGGCGUCGCUGGGAGCAUGGUGCUGGCGCCGCGCAGCCCGCCGACGACGUUGGAACCAUGUAGAGUCGCUCCUUAUCUGCCAGCCCUCAGGUUACAUCCGCCGCCGUUGCAAGGAACAGCCGUCACAAAUGUCACAGUGGGAUCGGCUUUCGACCCGGCGGUGCUGCACUAUGCUGCGGCAGGAGGCCUCUUCUGUCUGCCACCACCACCGCCGCCGCCCCCGGCGCCGUCAGCGGGUCAUCCUCCUCAUCCGUUGAGUCUGGCGGCAUCGCUGGCCGCCGCGGCGGCUCGCUCGAAGAACAGCAGCAUCGCGGAUCUUAGGCUAAAGGCGAGACGGCACCAGGAGGCCUUGGGGCUCGACAGGCCCGCGUAAGAUUCGCAGUGUGGUACGUCUUGGACGAAGAGAGACUCGAUCGGGGAUGAAAAGAUGCGAGUUGUGACGGUUGCACAUAUUGUCUUGUGCAGGAAUUCGCUCGCGUAUAGAGUAUUAAAAGCGACACACGUGCAUCCCUUCAUCCGCGACGUGCCGAAGAGUCUGAGAAGUACAAAGGACACUCAAUAUGUAUAAAGUAUAGAAAAGGACGACAGGAAACGUGUAACAUACAUGAUGUAUACAGAAUCGGGAAUCUCGCUUGUAUCUCGAUUAGCGUACUCUGUGUCGAAGAACUGUGAUGUAAAACGAAGUUUAAUCAGCACCGAUGACUAGGGAGGCGACACAUUUAAUGUAAAGUUAUCGUCACCGAUUCUUGAACCAGUUUUCAUCUCAAGUUAGCGGGUAUUUGUUCGGAGCGGAAGUUAACGUAGCUCUGCGUCUACUCACGUGCAUGUAGAGACACAUUUAAAUGGAACGCCGAAGUAGUCGAACGUGGGAAUUCGGGAAACGUCAAGGUGCGUCUAAUUUCUUUGAUGAAUUACACAAAGAAAACCGUUAAGCAUUUUCUGAAAUAUAUUUUGUUAAUAAACGCGGUUUUUAUCAAAUUUGUCGCUCAGGAAGUUCGAGAAACAAUAAGACGCAUCACACUGACCAGCAAUAUAAAAAGGAUCUUGAGUUGUUUCUAAGAAUAGAUUUAAAUCGCAAAAGCAAUUUUCGUGAUAUCGGUCCACGGUGAUAUCGAGGAAGUGUCGAGAUUACUGAUCAUCGACGUAAGAGGAACCGUACGUUCUUUCCAAGAGUAGAUUUCGGUCACAACGGUUCUUACCGGCGAUAUUAGUCCACGAGGGAAUACGGAGAAAUUCCAGGACGCGGCAGGAUCGCUGACCAACCGCGGACGGGAAUUAUAGAUCGCCGCGUCCUGGCAACGGCUUGCAAGACAUAACUCUCGUAGAUGAUUCACGGGCGGAUGGACGGACGCCGGGCGAUUUCUCGCGUUCGUCGCCGGAGAGCGAGCGAGACGGGAGACGGCGGACGGCAUCGCCGUCGGGGCGCUAAUGCAAUAACGCGCGGCUACGCGGAUAAAUCAAGCCGGGCGAACCGCUCGAGCGGUGGCUGUACCGUGCCGUGCCGUGUCGUGCCGAGCCAGUGCUGCGCCGCGUAAUCGCGUUACCCCGGUCGUCCCCGGGGCGCCGUUAUUGUCCCGAAAGUCUUUGCCCUCAAAACGGAGGAUGAGGUGCUCCAAAAGUCGCACGUUUCUCGAGCCCGGUAAUUCGUCCAGCUUAUCUCCGUGUAAAUCGCCGGACGCGAAUCUUGUUGUCUAUUCAUUAACGGGGAAGAAUAAAGAACUUUUACGAUAUCGCACCUCGAAUACGAAUGUACUGAGAGAUGAGGCAGAGUUAGUGUUACAUAUUGCUGUCAUACGUAAUACAGGGAUAUAUUGGUGUCUACCGUAUCGGGAUACCGUUACUGAAACUCGCCUAUCAAAUCGCAAUGGAACGUCUUCCAAUGCAUUUUCGCGGAUAAAUCAAUCAUGCAUCUCGGGGGAGGGUUGUAAUCGCGUUAACACGGAUUUAUUCUGGCCAUCCCCGGGGCGUCGUUAUCGUCCCAUCCGCGUGCGUCGAUAGGUCGAAGCAACGUCGCGUGACCGUGAUUUGAUUAGCGACUUUAAUUAAAAAGAACGCCGGCGCACAGCGACUGCUUUAACGUAUACGACCCAUAUAUGCCGAACUUUUUAUGGGCAUUGUAUAUAAAAAAGAAGAAAAACUCAUAAUUCGGUCGCUUUACGAUCGUAAGAUUGAUUAUGCAACAGUGACUUACGGUCUCGUAAACUGACAUCAAUUUUUUUAUGAUGAAACUUUAUAAUAUAUGGAUUAAUAGAUUUUUAUUGAAUUAAUUCAGUUAUAAAAUAAUAUUUGAAAUAUAAUCAAUUAUCUGCUGCAUAUGCGUUAAAAUUUACUGUAUAAUAAUUCGUUAGAAAAGAAAUGUAUGAAAUCAAUGUACUUGUGUUGUAAAUUAUCUCGUAGUUGAAUCGACUGAAACGAUUUAUUUACGUAAAAAGAUCAACUAAUCGAUACACGAUUCAGACGUCUGUAUAAUCAAUUUAGCAAUUUGUGUAUCAUUUAUUACUCUGUUUCAGAGGAGCAUUGGAUCUUUUUUUUCCUGUCGAUUCUCAUAAUACAUAUCAACGAGAAUCUUCAGGACAUUAGAAAAAACGUAUAACAUCAAAUACAUCUGAUCAUUAUUCAUUAUAUUGUAGUUUCUCAAUUAUCGUUUCAAUCAUUUCUAUUAGAAAAUUUAUAAUUUUUAAAAUUUUUCUGUUUUUAUUGAUGUUAAGAAUUUUAAAAAUUUAUCUUUAUUACAAAUAUAUAUUUGGUUUUUUUAGGUUUUCAAGCACUUUAUGAGAAACAGUAUAAAGAUGGAUUUCGAUGGAUAAUUAAGUUAUCGUUACCAUCGAUAAUCACGUUGCAACGAUAGUAAUAAAUGGAGUAACAACAAUUCGCGUUACUACGUAACGUGAAAAUAAUGAGACUCCACUCCAUCAACAGACAAGGAGAUAAUAAUAAAAGCGCAAGGCCAGGGCCAAGGGCCGCAUUCACCCUUCCACCUUCGGUGACGCUUCCUGGAAUGAAAUAAAACCCUCUCGUAUCCCCGGGAUAAUUCGGAGGGAGCCGAGGGAUGCUCCUCUCUCUAUUCCCCCCUUCGCUCAUUUUAAUCCGAGUUUUAAGAAGUUUUUCCUAUUGCUCGUAAAUUGGCCGUCGUUUGUCUGGCCGGGGUCACGUGGGGCCAGCAAGGGGUGGAAACCACCCCGGGGUAUUCUCCCCACUUUAGCGAGAUUCUGUUGUUCGCACAUUGCGCAUUCGUAGCGCGCGAGUGGGGAGAACGGAAACUCGUAACUGCGAUAUAAUGUCCCGCGAAAACCAGCUACCAUCAUCAAUUAUCUCCGCCCUCUCGUCUCUUCAGAGGGGAUGAAACGAGGAAUAAUCGAGAAAUAUGCGGGGGGAGGGAGGGGGACGACUUGUCGAGAUUUCUUGAGAACGUUGCAUAAGAUCGAAGAUGCAUAAAUAAGCAUAUAGCAGUAACAUAUUAAUUAAAAAAGAAUCAAGUAAAAAUGUUUAAAAUGUUUAAAAUGUUUCUUAAAAAUCAAGAUAGACUUGACAAUUAUCAAUACUUAUAUUUGAAACGAAAAUCAUUCAGUAUAGUAAUCAAUCUACUUGAAAACAACAAAUUAUCUCUUUUUAUAAAUAAUUUUUACGAUGUUCAAAAUUCCUUUGAAAUAGAAUUUGAUUGCAUAUCUCAUCUUAAAUUAUUUUAUUGUUUAGCUUGAGGAUUAUCGUGGAAAUUCACUAACGCCUGGCCUGAUCAUUGGUGCCGGAAAAAUUCGCGGCAACAGAUCAAUCCUGCAAUUCCGACGGCGCGAUCGAGGGGAUGGGUGGGACGGAUGCUGCGCGAGAUUUGGAAAUAAUUCAGCCCCGCGCACUGACUGGUGGGCCAAGGGGCCGCUUGCUUCUUCCGGCCCCCGCGUGCCUUAAUCUAAUCCAAGGAUAAUCUAAAAUUCAUGACACACAUAACUGCCAGGCGAUGAUAUAUCUGGCGGGGGUGUAAAGGCACCGUCUUCUCCGUUCCGCUGCCGUUUCCCCUUUACCAUACUCCCCUCAGCGUUCUUGUAGCUUGCAGUUUGCCUCGGUGGGCACCCAACAGCAAUCACUGGCAUUAUUAUUUAAUGCGACGCGCGUGGUGGCGUAUAUACUGACCAACUACCCAUACAUCGUGAUAUCGUAAGACCUGCUGCUGGAUGCUGUUUAUCUCGCGAGAGGAAUUACCAGCUCGAUACAGCCGCCAGUUGAUCUUUCUUCUCUGACGUCUCGAAACACGUUGAAUUAAACAAGCCAUAACGAGGAUUGGUUGCAUAUCAGGACGACGUUUCACAACAUUUCUAUCCAGAGAGAUUAUACUGUCUGAAUACAGUAAGAAUUUUAUUCUAAGACUACUGCCGUAGACUAAGAACGUAAUUUGGAAAAGCCAUGUUUAAAGCUGCGUUACAAAGACCGUGGAAUUAUUUUAUCCUAGGUAAUCAAAUUUCAUUUGCGUUUUCAAUUUAUUUAAUAACCAAUAAAUUCCUCGUUAUGUAAAAUAGAUCCUAAUCAUUACUUCCAGAUACAAAUCGUGAAACGAUCGAAAGCCCGACCCUAAACGCAGCAUCCACUUAUGCUAAGAACUUCGCUGUUCCUACUGAAUUAAUCGACUCGCGCCCGAUCAUCCGCGUACCCUUCCCCGAUACCACGAGCGUCGUUCUAGUCCGAGGGAAGUCGAUAAUCCGGGGAAUGCAGUCUUUACGAUAGGGUGAGAUGCACGCAAAUGGACCGAGAGUGGUCACGCGCCGGCGAUAAGAAAAGAGAAGAGCGAUAAACUAGAGAGAAAGAGGGAGAGAGAGCGCGAGCGAAAAAGUGGAGGAAACGAGGAGCUAAACGCGAGUUUCCGCCCCUCCGGGCAGAUCCGAUGCGGAAUCAAUUCGCGUAAUAGUUUCGAAGGGGGGAGAGGAUGGCUCGGGUGAUGGUAGGAGAGCUAAAUCGACUGACGGUCGCAGGGGUGGGUUAAGCGAGAGCUCGGAUACGGGCCAUUACCACACCUGUCCCUCAACUUCGACUUCACGAGAGGGAGAGAGGAGAGCCCAAAGCUCUAAUGAAGAGAAGCAAUCACUUAAGCCGGCCCGCCGUAUACCCGGUGUACCGGUACGCGAUACGAUACAGUUUUAUUUGCGUGGCUCCGCGCCGAUACCCUUUUACGGCUCACUCGGGAAAGUGCUCGACGGGACGCGAGCGAAUAGGACACGGAGCGUGUCCCGUGUUCGUCGAUCCGAAUCGCUCCUCCGGGACAUACCUCGAUCAUUUGUAACGCGAGAUCGUUAUCUCUUCGAUAGCGUCCGAACCGGAAAAAAUGUUGGAAUGCUGGAACUGAAGAUCGUCCUCCAUUCUCUUCAGAAACAAAUACUAUAUGGAAACGAAUAUUUCGAGACUAUAUGAAGUAAAUGAAAAAGUAAUAUGAAGAAGUUAAAUUUCACAAUUGCUUGAUUUCUAAAAAUAAUGCAAACUCGGUAAACAGUUUUAAUUAUUUAACACGCAUAAAUAUUAAUUAUUAGUCUUUACUUACCUUGUUUACGGUCGUGUCGUUUGUAUUUUAGGUGAAAAUUAUGCAAGAAAACCGUAGUAUGAUUAACAAAAAGAAACGUGUACUCUCGAUAAAAAAAUGACAAAAAAAUUAUGAAAAAUAAUUACAAAAUAAUUCCAAGUCAGUAAAAUAGACGUUUAUCGGUAUUUUAAACAAAAAAAGAAGGGAAUUAUCAUAAAGAAAAAAGAUAUAACGAUAUAAAAAUAAAUUUAGGAUAGACUAUCAGAAGAAGACUCGCAACGGUACUUCGUCAAAAUUUAUUUCGAAUGAAAUGUCACGUAGCGCACAAAGAACCAAGACAACGAGCGCAAUAUGGAGCGAGAAUUGAAGCCGGUAUAAUUUCAAUCUUCUUAAUUCUUGCUAUAGACACAAGUUCGACACAAGCUAUUAGGAAUAAAAAAAAAUGUCAAUACAAUUUUCUUAUUCAAUAAUCGGGCGUAAUAUAGUUUUAGAUUGUCUCUUUCACAGAAACAUAACUUUCACUCUAUAACAGUCUAUUUUACUUUACUAAUAUUAUAAUAUCCCCUAAUAUUAUUUGCAAUAUUACUAUAAAUUACGAUACGAUCCUAAAUUAGCUAGAGAGAGAGACUUUACAUUAAGUAUUUCCAAAAAAUUGACACAUCAUUGUCACGUCACAUCCACGGAGAUCAGUUUCGCGCAUCUAUAGCAUGGAAAUCUGAACGAAGUUCUACCGGUUUCAAUCCCGGAUAUGAACUGUGAUUUACACGCGUGCAUAUGUAUACACUGUGUCGCGAUUACACGCGACUCGGACAGUUAAUUAACGGAAGAAGCUCGGCGGCAGGAAGCAACAGAGUGUUCGCGUAAACAUGUCGUAACAAGCGAUUGAACCUUAAUUCUAUUUUGCUCUUUGUCUGCAACGGUCUGCCGUCCGAACAUAGAUUCGCGAUAUUCGAAUUGGAAUUUGUACGCGCUUACGUGACGCUUUAUAAAGUGUAAAGCCGGUCCGGCUCAAUUACAAUAACGAGUUCGCGCUCGGAGAGAAAACGAUUCUUAAUGAGACGAAAAAUUGCCGAGGCUAUAAAAUACAAUUAUCGAGUGUGUACAUUCAGCUUUAGAUGAUGGAUUUACAGUGCGAUUACCAUGUCGAUUUAAAACGGUAUGACGCUCGAUUUAACGCGCACAGGAUAUUCCCAUUUAAGCUAUAACAGAUCUCUCAAGGAAUUGUCAAACUUGUGAUCAAUCUGUUCUUGUAACAGAAAAUCAUUUAACUUUAACAAAAGAACAUUUAAUUUGAAAUAAAACUUUAAUUUACAAAAUUAUUAAUUCAUACAUGGAUUUGUAAUUUUAAUUAGAAGAAAAAAUUACAAUUACAAAUCUUACUUUUGUUUAAAGAAAAAUCGAAGCCUGUUCUGGGACAUCUUGUACACAGUUAAUUCGUCUAUCACACUUUACGUUUUAGAGACAAGAGUUAUAUAAAGAAGUACAUGUACGAAACUGUUUCCGAGAUGGGUAGCACCCUUUCGUUGCACCUGACAGCGUAAAUGUAUCAUUGUGUAAGAAAGCAGAAGAAUGAAAUCUUGUGUUCUUUCUCUUUUCUGUCCGUGCGAAACUUACAUGCGAUGUUACUACUGAGCACUAGAAGAGAUUAUCCUUAAGUACUAGGCAGUCAAGGAAAUAUGCAACAAUAAAAAAGAACACUGUGUAUGUAUACUCUAUGAUCGAGUAUAGAUACUGGACAGAGGAAUUCGCCGGCGCCUGCGAGAGAAAACAAUAAAGUAAAAGCAAAUUACGGCAUACAGAUCGACCUGCAUUUUGGCAGCACCGUCCUUCCGUGGCCGCAAGGAUAGGAUAAUCAGGUACUAGGAACAGCCCCAUACGGAGUCCCAAUCCUUUGAGAGGGAAAAGACGCGAUCGAGUUACAUCCGAUAUUGAUUUGUUAUUUUGAAAAAUCUUGUGAUGAGGAAUCUCGACCCUUCCUACUUCUGUAGAAACCUCGUUUCAAUUCAUCACACGUUUCUCAAAUCGGAAUGAGCGAAGUAUGUCAAUCAUAUGCAUAUGUAUAACUAUACGUGUCUACAAUAUAGAAUUUUUUUCACAAUACCAAGUGCGGUAAUAAUGAUUGUAAAAUCUAAGUCAUAUUAAUAAUCUAAUCCCGCGUUGAAUAUAAUGGCUGUACCCCCGAUUUACAAAGAGAAUGUUCGCGGACAUGUGUCUGUGAGCAUACCUAAGUAAUCUCUAACACAUUCUAAGAUACCUUGGUUACUUAAUAGAAAGCGUCGACAGCCGAUAGAGCUAUAAAUGAUCAGGCAUGAUUAGGUAAUCCCAAAGGACGAGAACCUCCGCUCCGAACACUGCCCGCACGAGGAUUCAUUACGAUUAAAUAUAAUACACACCGUAAUAUAUAUAUAUAUAUAUAUAUAUAUAUUAAUUACAAUAAUUAUAGUAUUAAGAAUUAUUAUGUUAAUAGUUAUUUAACCACGUGUAUGGCUCAGUCUAUUAAGCUAGUCUCAUGCAACAA